AUGUGUAAUUCAGAGGAUGUUCUUUCAAUUUUUGCCAGACAGGCAAGUACUCAAUCACAAAUUCCAAAGGACUUUUCACGUCCACCCCGAAAGCCCUCUCAAGAUCCCAACCUACCACUGACUGACCAUGCUGUCAUAGACCACAACAGUAUUCUUGCAGACGCUCCUUCAUUGGCAGGGAGCAGACCAUCCAGCAGCUUGGAGGAGGAUGUGAACCGGCUGUCAGUGAUGUAUGCCCAGCGUGGAUAUGAUGUGAACACUCUCCCAGGUUUCCGAAGCAAAGAUCCGAUGCAGGACAUCUGUGACAAACCCAAGCCGAAAGUUUCUAAAUCCGAGCUAAAUGAAAAGACAGCCAGAAGAACGGUGCAGAGUGAGAGUUCUCACAACAAUAACGUCCUAGUGGAUAGAGUUCCAACUCCCCUGGCCAACACAAUUUCAUACCCAGGAAAAGAGAAUGACGGACAGACACGCCACACCCGAAGGAAGGAGAAAGUGAGCUACAAGGAGCCAAACCUCAAGAGAGUAUGA